AUGUCAUCAUCAGAGGACCCCUGCCCCGCAUGCAAAUGGACUUCAGAUCAGCAAAGGCGCUGCGCCUACGAAAGUAGCGUGCGCCUCUUCCACGGAGCUAGCAAUCGUGGCUACUGGUCCCUCGGCUCAAAGUUUUUUUUCUCAAGGAACGCGGGAAAUAUCCCCCCAGCCAUGAGGUCAUCAACACCCACUUCAUCAAAGAGAAUACCACCGUCCCCGACCCAACAAGCGUACAGGAGUGGACCAAGGGCGACAAGUAUUUUCAGAUCGUCGAGCGGGUGCCUGGGGUACCGUUAA